AUGGUGCCUUGGUUCCUGUCAGUCUUCCUCCCGUUCCUGCUCUCCUUCAAAGCAGCCUCUGGUUGCCUGCAAUGUGACCGCCGCUUCUUGGAGUCGGCAGCCACCAUCAUGAAGGAAACAUUGCCCAAUGACGUACCCGACCGUGAAUCGCUUAUUGAGCGGCAUGUUGAGGCCUUCUCAAAUAUUCACGGCACUUACCUCCGACAGAAAUAUGAAAGAGUGCUGGAUGUACGUGGAGUGAAAGCUAUUAAAGCAGAAAUUAUCAGCCGUUUGCGAGAGAUAAAGGCUGGCACAUGGAGAGGAGUUUUCUUGUGGCAACUCUCCUUGUAUGAGAUGAGAACCUCUCUGCGACCACGCAUGCAACGGAUGCUGGAGAAGUUCGCCGACCUUGGUACCAAUCUUGCAGGGAUGGCUGUGACUGAAGGUCCCGUUUUGGAUUGCUGGACCUGCCUACGCAUUCUUGCCCAAUGUUAUGAUGGAGAGCUCUGUGGAGUCGAAGACAAGCGUCUUGCAGAAUACAAUGAAAUUGUCCUUUACGUGUUCCUCGUUUGUGAGUCCGUGGUGUUGACUUCAACUCUGCUUAUAUACAUCGUGUGCAUUAAACACACGAGGACGAGUCUGCAGAAAGCUUUGGCCCGUUAG